AUGCACAUAAAAUCUAAGAAGAAUACAAAAAUACUGGUAGUCUUUGUAGCUAUCGGGGUUGCAUUUAUUGUAGCCAUAGAAGAGAUAAUUCGGUAUAGGGUAUUUUUAAAAGACAGCACAAUAAAUAGCAAGACAGAAGAGCUAGAGAAGGGGAAUAUAGCAUCAGAGGUGAAUAAAAGACAGAAAGAAGUGCCUAGUGAGCAGGCUGAAUGCUCUUCAAAGCAGCUAUCACUUGAUAAAGAGAAGGUGAAGAAAGAGCCUGGACCAGACUGUGUAUUUAACUUCACUUUUAUUGAAAAUCCGUCCACACAAAACAAAGAAGAAGAAACACGACAGGAAGAACAUACAGCGAAUGAUAAAUUUUUUAAUCCUCUGAAUAAUAACAAUUCACUUACGGAUGUAGAUGUGUUUAAUGAGAGUGGUGCUAUAAGUAGUACAAGUUACACAGACACAGCACAAGAUUUGAGCAGCAGUUCAUCAGAUCUAGACAGUUACAAGUACACCAAUCUCUCUUCUGAUGAAGAAUCUUCUCAGGGAUGUUUAUUUUCAUCUACAAGCAACAGAAAUGCCUCCGACUUGAACGCUUCAUCUAAAGAGUCAAGCACUGACCUUUUAAUACCUGAAUGCAGCUCUAGCAAUGUUCAAACUGAGUAUGAAAAAUACAACAAUAGACAGCUAAAAUACAGCCCUUUUAUAGACAGAGAUAUACACGAAAAAUACAACACAUAUGAUGAUCUUUGGAUACCUAAUGAAGCAAUAAAUGCUAUACUCUCUCAAAAGGAUUGGACUAAAAAAACAAGUAAACACUUAAAAGAAAGCCCAGAAAUCUUGGAGAGCGUUAAUGAGUAUCCUGAAGAACAAAGUUUUUUAGAAAGUGGAGAAAAUGCUUAUCCUUUCACGACUGAAUACCUUCGGUUCGCAUUCAUAGACUCAGAUGACUACAAAUAG